AUGUUUCCAGUCCUGUUUAAGCCGCCCGCCGCCGCCUACAGCUGCGCCUGCCCCGCCGGCGUCUCCGGCGCCUCCUGUCAGUUUGUUUCAGAUCCUUGUGCCAGCGACCCAUGUCACCAUGGUAACUGCAGCAAAAGUGGAGAUGGCUAUCUCUGUAUUUGUGAUGAAGGUUAUGAAGGAACAAACUGUGAACAUUCAUUUCACAGUCCUCCAGUCUCUGGAUGGACAGAGUCACUGGCACCAAGACAGAUCCGACCAGUUUCAUCAACUUUGGAACCUGACAUUAUUUUACCACAUUCAAGAGUGACUAUGACAUUACCUACAUGGCAGCCAAAAGCAGGACAGAAAGUUGUAGAUCUGAAAUGGGAUGAAAUGAAGAUAAUACCAGACGUGGCUUGUGGAAAUGCCAGUUCUAACAACUCUGCUGGAGGUCGGCUUAUCACCUUUGAAGUUCCCCAGAACACAUCAAUCAAAAUAAGGCAAGAUGCCACAGCUUCUCUUAUCUUGUUAUGGAAAGUUACAACAACUGGAUUUAAUCAGUGCUCACUUAUAGAAGGCAGAAGUGUUACUCUCCUGCAGGCACUGGGUGGACUCGUUCUUUCUGAGGAAAUACUCACGCUAGGAAACAACUACUUUAUUGGUUUUUUGAAUGAUUCAGUUAGUAAAUGCAUUGUGGCUUUACGCUUAACUGUCGUAGUAAAAGUGAGCACCUGCAUGUCAGCAGAAAGCCACUCAGAAGACAUUCAGUGUUCGGGGAAAGGAAAAUGUAUCACAAGACCAUCUGAGGCAACUUUUUUCUGUGACUGUGAAGAUCAAUACCUGGGUGCUUUCUGCGAAGAAUUUAAUGCAUGUCAAAGUGGGCCUUGCCAGAACAAUGGUACUUGCACUGAUAUAACACAAAAACAUGAUGGGAAAAAUUUCACCUGCACUUGUCCUACUGGUUAUACUGGAGAGCUAUGUCAGUCAGAGAUUGAUCACUGCAGCCCACAGCCAUGCAGAAAUGGGGGUACCUGCUUUUCUAAUACCAGUGGAUUCAACUGUCGGUGUCCAGAAGGAUUCUUAGGAUCAUCUUGUGAAGAAAAACUUGACCCUUGUGCAUCAUCUCCCUGCAAGAACAAUGGGACCUGCUAUGCUGAUAGGCUUACCUACUCCUGCAGUUGUAGUUCUGGAUUCACAGGACCUACCUGUGCUCAGCUGAUUGACUUCUGUGCUCUGAAUCCUUGCGCACAUGGCAUUUGUCGCAGUGUUGGAACCAGUUAUAAAUGCCUCUGUAUUCCUGGUUACCAUGGCCUCUACUGCGAAGAGGAGUAUAAUGAAUGCCUUUCUGCACCCUGCCAGAAUGGUGCCACUUGCAGAGAUCUUGUCAAUAGCUAUGAAUGUGUAUGUCUUGCUGAAUAUGAAGGAAGGCACUGUGAACUAUACAAAGAUCCCUGUGUUAAUAUUAGCUGUCAUAAUGGUGGCACAUGUAACAGUGAAGGUCUGAAUGCUACAUGCAUUUGUGCACCUGGAUUUACAGGUGAGGACUGUGAUAUUGACAUAAAUGACUGUGACAGCAACCCAUGUCAUCAUGCUGGAACUUGUAUAGACCAACCCAACGGUUAUAAUUGCCAUUGUCCACAUGGCUGGGUUGGAGCAAAUUGUGAAAUACAUCUACAGUGGAAGUCUGGGCACAUGGCAGAGAGUCUAACAAAUAUGCCUCGUCAUUCCCUUUAUAUCAUAAUUGGUGCCCUCUGCGUUGCAUUUGUUCUCAUGCUGAUCAUUCUGAUUGUGGGCAUAUGUCGUAUCAGCCGCAUUGAAUACCAAGGCUCUUCCAGGCCAGCCUACGAGGAGUUUUACAACUGCAGAAGCAUCGAUAGUGAAUUCAGUAGUGCAAUUGCAUCUAUCCGACAUGCCAGGUUUGGAAAGAAAUCCCGGCCUGCAAUGUAUGAUGCAACCCCCAUUGCUUAUGAAGAUUAUAGCCCGGAUGACAAACCUUUGGUUACACUGAUUAAAACAAAAGAUUUAUAAUCUACUGUAUCUUUUUUGGAUUAUUUUUCAAAAGGAUGGGCUACCAAAUUAAUUUAAAUAUUUUUAAGAAGAAAGCAUAAGAAAUUAAAAACAUUAGAUGUUACAGAAUUUUCUGUAGAAUAUUUAAGAACUAAUUUUCUGCAGCUUUUAGUUUGAGAAAAAUAUUUUAAAACUGAAUUCGUGAAGUUCAUGAAUUGCAUUUUAAUGUACUUUCAGCUCUAUAAACUGUAAGCUUAUAAUAGUGUGUGCUUUUUCAUGGUAGACACUAUUACUCAACCCAGAUGAGCUUCUGUGGUUGUAACAGAAUAGAAAAACAGUAACUGAUGAAGAGUUUCUUUUUGACAUUUCAGUGCCAGCUUUCUCAGUAGAGUUAGGAAAAAAAUGUGAAGCAUAAUAGGAUGCAUAAUAUAUCCAUUAAUUUAAAAAGUCUAAAAUGUUUGUGUUGUGAAAAAGAAACUAGUAAAAUUUAUUAUUACUAAUCUGAAUGAAUUAGCGUUUGCCUUAUUCCGUGCAUGGAUAGAUGAACUUACUUCUGCAUUAUUUUCCUGAAAGUUGCUGAAACAUAUUCUUGAGUUGAUGUUAGUCAUUUUUGUAAUAGUCUUCAAGGUAGGCCUUGUAAAAUAAUAUAUAAUUAAAAUGCCUCUGGAGGCAAACAGGAGGCCAGAUCCUCUACCCAUUGAAUUAUUGGCGGAAUUUACAGUGCCUUCAUUGUGUGCAGGAUUUGGCUCUAGGAUUGGACUGAAUCUAUAUUUUUCUUUAAAAGUCAAGGUUUUUUAUAUUGUGAGUAAAAUAAGCAUAUGGUUUGAGCUGUUUGUUUCUCAAAGGUUGUUAAUGUACAGUAUUGUUUCAUUAAAUAUUGUGUAUUUCUCAUAGUGAAUCUUAUUUAUAGACAGUAUGGUUUUUUCUGUGGCUGUAUUUGAUUGCGUAUGUAUUUCUUCAGAUUCUUGCUUAUUUCAGAAAAUAUUGAAUAAAUGUUAUCAAG